CGCACCGCCAGGCAGCCGUUCCAGCCCCACACCCUCCUUCCAGACACUUUUCAAGAGCUACCAUGGGCAACGGCGCAAAGGCACAGCAGAAGCGCGAGCGCAACGCCAAGGAGGCCAAGAAGGGCCCGACCUCGCAGAAGGCGGCGAACGCGGCGCAGAUGAACAUCAUUUGCACCAUCUGCAGGCAGUCGUUCUUCGUCACGACCAAGGCGCCCGACUUGCAGCAGCACGCCGACUCGAAGCACUCGAAGCAGCUCAAGGACUGCUUCCCGACGUUCGCGGCCUGAGCGUGUCGACCUCUCUUGCGUGCGACGAUUGUGCGGGACGAGUCGGACGAGCAAUCGGGUCCGGUGCGGUGGCGGGUGCGCGCAGGUGUGGCGCGCAGGUGUUGUAGAGCCUCUUCUCCUUUGGUCGCAUUUCCCCCUCCUUUCCUUCUUGCAAAGCCGGUGCUCUGCCUUCAGUC